AUCCAUUUGCUUCUUCCCUGAUUCUCCGAUGAGAUUAAAUUGAUAACUUCAGAACCCACCCUUUUCCUCAGAAGAGUAGGAAAAGUAUGGAUUGUGUGGAAAGCUUUACAAAUGUGGAUUGCUCAAAAAUGGAGACAGAUUCCCUUCUGAAGUCUCUUGAACAAUCUCUGAUACCUGGAAUUCCGGAUGAUGUUGCACUUUCUUGCUUGGCAAGAGUUCCUCGAAAGUAUCAUUCGGUUCUCAACUGUGUUUCGAAAAGAUGGAGGUAUUUGGUCGGCAGUGAAGAGUGGUUUUGGUACAGACUGAGUCAUCACCUGGAAGAGACAUGGAUUUAUUCUCUUUGCAGAGACAAGUCAGAGCAACUUUGCAUAUAUGCUUUGGACCCUGAUCAAUAUAGAAGAGGUUGGAGGCAAAUUCAUGGCCCCCCAGGUAGCUUCCUGAGGAGGAAAGGUGUUGGGUUUGAAGUGUUGGGGAAGAAAAUUUACUUGUUUGGAGGUUGUGGUUGGAUUGAGGAUGCCACCGACGAAGUCUACUCUUAUGAUGCUUCCAUAAACACAUGGGCUAGAGGCGCUCCCUUACCCACUGCUAGGUGCUUUUUUGCACAUGAAACACUAGAUGGGAAAAUCUAUGCUAUUGGUGGGCUCGGAUCAAAAUCAAGCGAUCAGCAUUCCUGGGAUAUAUACGACAGCCAGACAAGUUCUUGGAGUUCUCAUGUGGAUAAAAAUGUCAUACCAGACAUUGAAGACUCAGCUGUCAUGGAUGGCAAGAUUUACAUACGAGCCCGUAUCUCAGCUUCAUCAUCCCAAUUGAAUGCUGCUGUAUAUGAUCCCUCCAGUUGGACAUGGCAACAGGCUGAUAGUGAUGUGGCAUGUUGGUGUGGUCCUAUAGUUGUGGUAGAUGGUAUCUUAUACAUACUAGACCAAAACUCGGGAGUGAGAUUGAUGAUGUGGCAGAAGGAUACGAGAGCGUGGAUUGGUCUACGGAGAUUCUCCGAGCACCUUGUACAACCCCCCUGCCGACUCGUGGCAGUCGGGAAGAAAAUGUUUGUUGUUGGGAGAGGGCUCAAUACUGUGAUGUUUGAUGUUGAGAGUGCAAGCUGUGUAGAUGGUGUGCUAGUGAGUUCUUCUGUCUUGAAACUAGAUUGCGUUGAUGAAGUGAUAAGUUGUAAAUCAUUGGCAAUUUGAGUUUCUUCCCAUGACCAAAUGUAAUCUCUAUCUUUGUAAAAUUGUUGCACAUGUUAAAGGAGAUUUGUUAUGAAACAGAAUUUGAUA